CGUAUUUUGGAGUUUGGUAAAUGACUGCAGCAGGAACACGGAGCCCCGCGCGCUGCCUCUGCCCCUGCUCUCGCGGGUGAGUGUGUGCGCGCGCUCGCCUCGUGCCAUGGAAGAGGGUCCACGCCGCCCCUGAUCUCUCCGCGGGGACUUGGCUCAGUUUUGCGGGCGCGUGGCGGCGGCGGAUGCGGAGCGCAGGAGCGGUCGCCGGCGCGUCUCCAAGUUGACCGCCACCAGACAAUGGGAGCAGCUGAGCCGCGCUGCCGCAGCUCCGACUACAACAACUGCUCACCCCUGGGAGGCGAGUGCGACAGGAAGGAGGAGGCGCAGGGGAAGAGGAGGCAGCAGCAGCAGCAGCAGCGCCGGGACGCACGGAGCCAGAGCGCCGCGCGGCUGCCCCGGGGACGCAUGUGAGAGAGAACCCGCAGAUGUGAGGAGGGAGAGUCCCGCGCGCGCGCGAGGAUCUGGGGAUCGAAGCUGCUGAAGCCCGCGCGGACAUGUCCCACGUCCUGCUGUGGAAUGUACACUCUGGACUUUAGAGGGAUCGGGUUGUAGUGUCGGUGAACGGCAGCCCCCUCCUCCCCCCAUCCAAACCGGACUCCCAGCACCCCCCUCCCUCCCGCCGCCUCUGUCCAUGGUCCUGAACGCAGUCUGUGCGUGGAUGUAGCGGAUGCGGGGCCCCCCUGCGUGACAGCGGACCCGUGCGUGAUGUCUGGGAAGAGUGAAGGCACGAGCAAGCGGCCGCGCGGCACCGGCGAACGCGGGAUCUGAACCGCGCAGACACGCGGGACGUUUCGGAAAGCCUUUGUCCUCCUUUUCCCGAGGAUUUUGUUUUUACUUUUUUUUUAAGGAGGGGAUUUAUCAGCAACACUUUCACUCCCGCCUCCAGAGAAACCAUGAGAGCAGCAACAAUGAACGUGCUGGGGAUCUAUUUGUGGCAAACUGUAGUAUUUUUCAGCUUGGCGGCGUCAAAAGAAGCUGCGGCGAGGAAGGCCACCUCUCCGAUGCCGCCGUCCGAGUUUCUGGACAAACUCAUGGGAAAAGUUUCAGGUUACGAUGCCAGAAUUCGACCGAAUUUUAAAGUGUGGAACAAAGACCCCAAAGGCUCCAAAAAUGAAGCUACUCACAAGAAAGGUCCACCUGUAAACGUCACCUGCAACAUUUUUAUCAACAGUUUUGGAUCCAUCGCUGAGACCACCAUGGACUACAGAGUGAACAUCUUCCUGAGGCAGCAGUGGAACGACCCCCGCCUGGCCUACAGCGAGUAUCCCGACGACUCGCUGGAUCUGGACCCGUCCAUGUUGGACUCCAUCUGGAAACCGGAUCUGUUCUUCGCCAACGAGAAGGGCGCCAACUUCCACGAGGUCACCACGGACAACAAGCUGCUGCGCAUCUCCAAAAACGGCAAUGUGCUGUACAGCAUACGAAUCACGCUGGUCCUGGCCUGUCCCAUGGAUCUGAAGAACUUCCCCAUGGAUGUUCAGACCUGCAUCAUGCAGCUGGAGAGCUUCGGCUACACCAUGAACGACCUCAUCUUCGAGUGGGACGAGAAGGGCGCCGUGCAGGUGGCCGACGGCCUGACGCUGCCACAGUUCAUUCUGAAGGAGGAGAAGGACCUGCGCUACUGCACCAAGCACUACAACACAGGUAAAUUCACCUGCAUCGAGGCCCGCUUCCACCUGGAGCGGCAGAUGGGCUACUACCUGAUCCAGAUGUACAUCCCCUCGCUGCUCAUCGUCAUCCUGUCCUGGGUCUCCUUCUGGAUCAACAUGGACGCCGCGCCCGCCCGGGUGGGUCUGGGCAUCACCACCGUGCUGACCAUGACCACGCAGAGCUCCGGCUCCAGAGCCUCGCUGCCAAAGGUGUCCUACGUGAAGGCCAUCGACAUCUGGAUGGCCGUCUGCCUGCUCUUCGUCUUCUCCGCCCUGCUCGAGUACGCCGCCGUCAACUUCAUCGCCCGCCAACACAAGGAGCUGCUGCGCUUCAGACGGAGGCGACGACACAUGAAGGAGGACGAGACGGGCGACGGGCGCUUCGGCUUCCCCGGCUACGGCAUGGGCCCCGCCUGCCUGCAGGCCAAGGACGGCAUGGCCAUCAAGGGCAACAACAACAACGCCCCGACCUCGGCGGCGCCCGAGAAGAGCAUCGAGGAGAUGAAGAAGCUCUUCAUCAGUCGGGCCAAGCGCAUCGACACGGUGUCCCGCGUGGCCUUCCCGCUCGUCUUCCUCAUUUUUAACAUUUUCUACUGGAUCAUUUACAAGAUCAUCCGCAGCGAGGACAUCCAUAAGCAGUAGCUGAGAAGAAACAAAAAAAGAGAAGAAGGUGACUGACGUGAGAGAAGUCGGCCCCGUUUUUCAGCCUCCUCCUGGUUCGGUUGCAUUUGGCAUCCCUCUGAACCGACACCGGUUAUCGGCUCCCCGUUUUCCCCCUCGGAACCCCCGGUCUUCUCUUACGCCCUCCGAAUAACGCGGACCGGUGCAAUAGCAAUGCAGUAAAAUGCAUGAAAUAUGAAUGUGGCAAUAUAUUAAAGAAAAGAAGAAAAACCCACAAACUGUUUGGGAGCGACGGAACUGCAGCCAAGAGGAUGCUGGGAGGAUCUUCUAUUUCAUUUAAGUUUUUUUGUGUGAAGACAGAUAUAUAUAUAUAUAUAUAUAAUUCUAUAUGGAAACAAUGGGAACGGGUGGGGGUGGGGGGUGCAAGAGGCUGUGUAUCAUACUCAUAUCUAUUAUAAUUUAAAAAAUAGGAACUCUGUCUGGACCGGAUGGCAUCUGAGCGAACAGAAAGGAAGAAGAGUGCUUCUAUAACACAGUGAUGCAAGGACCCGCGUUCUCUAUAUAUAGAUUUGCUUCAAACGUGUAUUGCAAGCACCCGUCAGAGCUUUACUGCCCUCCCGCUGCCAACGCCACAAAAACUGCAGUCGGUCCAGGUCCUGCCGAACAGACCGAGCCGAAACCACGGAGAGAAGAGAGACUCUGGACGGACGGAGGCCUGCGGUCAGCGGUCCGUACGUACUUUCGUAUCGCAUCAUCUGUUGCUUUUGUACCUCUUUGUUUGUGCCAAACGAACAUGCGGCAGAGCGGCGCCCCCAACCUUUCUCUGGAGGAACGCCUCGAUGUCAAAAGCGGGUUUCUUCUGGGUUUGUUAUUUUCCAGAACUGUGAAAACAGGUUUGCUCCUCUUCUGGUGUUUCUUUCAUCGCUCUGUACGCAGUGACAGCAGAAAACCUGAGUACAAACGUUUAUGGAGCGGUCCAAACGGUCCAAACCGUCCGGAGGAGCUCAUGAAGCUUCACAGAAACCGUUGAGCUUCUGUGGAGGAUUUUGGUUCCACUUUUCCACAACUAAGGUUCUAAAGCAUGUGUCAAAGUCAAGGCCCGGGGGCCGGAUCCGGCCCUCCAGAUCAUUUUAUUUUAUUAAUAUCAAUAGCCCGAUGUUGUCUUCCGUUUAUUUCUAAUUUGUUUAAUUUUGACAAAAUAAAUUUUUAUGGAGAGUCAAAUAUUGAAAGUUGUUUUAAGUUGAUUUAUUCUGGAAAAAUAUUCCUGCCUUUUUAUUAUUCAGAAUUAUGUUAUAAAGUUACAGUUUUAAAGUUUUAAAAAUUGGCAUUCUGCAGCUUUUUGGACUAUUUUGCCAUUCACCAAGAUAUUAUUGGCUAUUUUUUUGGCCGCUGUUCGGCUCAGGUGUGUUUUGGAUUUUGGCCCCCUGUGUGAUUGACUUUGACACUCCGGCUCUAAACAGAACCAGAACCUUUAUGUUACUCUAUCACUGGUGGGUCUGGUGCUGCAGAACUGAAGUGCUCUUGAGUUUGGAUGGAAGACGUUCUCCUUCAGGACUCUCUGGUAGAAGAGAUUUCACGGCGAUGGCGACUCGUUCACGUCCUGAAGCUUAAGAACACACCAUCACACUCCCACCUCCGUGCUUUUUCACUGAAAGUUCUGGUUUGAGUCCAGAUGUUUGUGGAUGCUCUUCUUCCAGAACAUUCAGAAGUUUAUUGGACCGAACUCUUCAUGGAUCCAUGUUUGUCUCCUCCUAGCUGUUAGGCCAGAAAAUUUUCAGGUUUUUGGUUUCAUGGUACUUUCUUUACAGAUUCGCUGGCGUUGACAGACAGUAUUUCUACCUGUAAAAGGAAGCCUCAUAUAAAGUAAAUGUACUCGGGUUUUCUUUUGGUCAACCUUUGAAUUAUCUGAAUAACACAGAUGUCACGGGGGGGCAAAUACUUCUUCACAGUUCUGGAUGAAGUUUUUUCUUAAAAAAAAGCCGAUUCUCUUGUGUUAUGAAACUUUGACAUGUUUACAUCUUCGUAGUGCUUCCUUGAUUUGAUCCCACCUUAAUGUGAGAGGUUAAGCCCCGCCCACUUCCUACCUGAACUACAGAGAUUAUAAUGUUGUUCUUGUGCUUUCAUGUCCUUCACAAAGCCUCAUGAAGCUUCACCAUGGCCCACACAGAAGAACUGAAGGUUCUGUUGGGGGUUCUGUCAGUCGGGCACCUUUGACUGAGGAUCUGCUUUGCACCAGGCUUCUAUGCAAUGAUCCGAAUAUGCAAUCAUGCUUUUUGGUUCUUCUUCGUAGCUCUUCCAUUUAGCUGCUAGCGUCUCGUAGAAGGUUGAGGACUGCUGAACGUUCUUCACAGAUGAAUGUUAGCAGUCAGUGGAAGAUCUAAGCCGACAUCCCCGUGUGCAGAAGACUGCAUGAACAUUCAAACAUGAAAUCUGCUCCCAGACGUUCAGAAGUUUCGUCUCCUUUUCAAUUGACGGAUCGAUAUUGUCUAAAAAGAUGCUAUCGUGGGAUUCGGCCUCCACCGGCAUCUUUAGGCGACUGUAAUCCAGAGAUUUGCACCUGAGUCUUAUUCUGUGUUAAAAUUAAAAGUACAAGAAAUGUACCUGUUUGUGCUAAACACAUUUGGAUGAAGCUAAAUAGAAUUUUUAUCCUAAAGACUCGGAUUAGAUGACAUCAAACUGCGCAUGCACUUUUGUUUCUUUCAUUGCAAUCAUCUAAAAUGAUUUAAAAAAUAGAGAAAAUUAAAAUUUCUAAUGAGAUUAACUUGUGUUGUAAAAAUGUAAAGUCUGUUUUAAACGGAAAAGAAAAAUCAGCCUGAAUGGCUAAAAGAACCAGCAAGAAAUUUGAGCUCAGCAUUAAAAUGCUUUUUAUCUAGAUAUCAAAGAUUACCAAGUAAAUAUAAUUAGAGACUAAAUAUUUUUCACUGAGUGACUCUCAGUAAUUGUGUCUUAGCAUCUUCAUGCUAAAUUUCAAGCUAAAGCUAAAUUUGUGAGAUUGACUUGCUAGCAUGCUAACUGCUAGCAUUUCCAAAAUGGAACUUUAAGCUGCAUUCACACUGAACAGGAUUUACACGGCAGGGGCGUCCAUAUUCACGUGAUCAGAGACCGUACGCCGUGUUUCCAGCGUCAGCUGCAGUCAGAUUCUCUAACUGCAGAACGUUUUGGACAGUGCAGCAGAAAUUCCGAUGGUGCAAUAUUUCCAGAGUUCAAAUGUUUGAACUUUGGCGCAUUGUGUCAACCAAUCAGUGGGUGGAUAAUUUGACACACGGUAUGGGCGGACCAGAAUAAUGGUCAUUUGAUGUGAACGUAGCAUUUUGUGUUUGUAAUCAUGUCAGCGCUGAUUCUGAGCAAACAUUCGCCUCCAGCCCUUUCCAAGCAGAAACAUGCUAGCUGCUAACAGCCCCUCAUGGAAAUAUCACACGCUUUGACUUUGAAAGCCACGUGCUGUCAGUCCAAAAUCCACAUUAGCAAUCUAAUAUAUCUGGAUGAAGAUUCGUCAUUUUUUCUGAUUAGUUGCUGGUUUUAAAAGGUCAAAGCUGCUAGUUUUCUUAAGGUAAAUGUCUCAAAACAUUAGCGGACAUGUUUUUCUUGUUCUUUUCUGUGUUUUACUCCCUUUUCCCGCUUGUUCAGAUCCACAUUUGGUUUGUUGAGAUAUUUAUUUAUUUUAGUGAGCACAUUGUGGACCUCUGACGUGGUCCAGAACAUCUGUGAAGAAACUGCAGCCUGAAGGACCAGCUAGCUCCUUUGCUGCUUUUGCAGAAUUUACUUUUGGUCCAUGUAUUAUUAUUUUAUUCUUAUUAUUUAAAUAUGUUUUCAUAAAUAUUUAUCAGAUGAUAAAACUCUGCUAAUGUAUAGAAUUUAUUUAUGAUGAUUUUGUGCCAAAUAUAAAUCCAGAAGAAAAAUUUGAGUUUUGCUAUUUUUAGACGUUAAAUGUUUAAAUUAACGUUUAGUUUGACAGUAUUUUCUAUAAGUAAACAAUGACUUUAGUUUGCUUUUGAGUGAAGAUGACCUGAAGGGCUAAGCCGAACACACCCCGGUCUUCAUAAUCCAGCAUGAGAUUAUUCUGGAGUCAAAGUGCCGGAAAAUCCACAAUCUCAGCAUUUUGUCCAGAUGUUUCUUUUCAUGUGGGUUUUGCUGAUUCUUUAUUAGAAUAGUGAAUACAUAAAUUGCUAAUUAUGAAUCUGUUAAAUUAUAUAAGUAAAAAAAUAUCUGAUUUAUGGUUGAUGUUUGGGAUAAAAUAAAAAAAGAUUUUUUUUUUUUCAACAGCUAACUGAACUGUUUGUUCCCAAAACCUUAAAUGUGAUGUUGAAAUUUGCACCUGAAUCUCAGACUAUUUUAAAAAUAAUGAUCGUUUCAUCUUAAAACCUUUGAAUAUCAUUUGAAUACGAACUUAGAGUUUUAUAUGUCCAAAAAUGAUGAUAACUUUGCCUGAUGUUAAAAUGAACUUUAAUCUCAGGUCUAUUUUUACCUCCUGAGUCAAAAAUCCAAAUGGAAGGAAUUCCAGCUGAUAUUAUUUGCAUAGGAUUCAGUUUGAAGCUAAAUGAAAUGCAUUUAGUAAAUAUCAGCUCAUUGAUAUAAUAAUGUAUCCCGACUUUUUCAUUUAUGUAGGUGGAACUCGUCUACCAAAGACAAAACGGUCCAAACCAGCUGAGAAAACAGUAGCGCAUAUGCUUUCGUUAGAUCUUUUUAGUGUGUUCAAGUCUGACUGUAGUUAUUUUUGGACCAAAGAAUUAGACGUUUUACAAAAAGAAGCUUCAAAUGUUGAAGUGCAUAAUUAGCAGGAGUGUAGCAUGAAGGCAGAGCAGCUUUUGGAGAUGAAAACACCGUCUUUGUAAUGUUACGUUUGACCACAUUAUUCUUUCUGUUUGUGUUCAUGAAGGUGAAUGAAAAAAAAACUGAGCAACCAUCAACUGCAUUCUGCUUGACCCUUUAACACCACAGCUUUAGCUCCAAUUUUGAUGUUCUUUGAAAUAUUGUUAACUCUUCAACAGCAAUUAAUGUAAUUCCAAUCGAAUUUGAUGCAAGAAAUGCAAGACUUGUUGAAAUUACGUUAACUUUGUUAAGGUGGAGUUACAGUAGUUCAAAGGUUGUGUUAUUUAAUAUCACCAGUGAUGGUAUUAAAGGGUUAAAUGUUAAUAUUUGUCCCAAACAAGUCCCAAUAUGUUGUGUUUUUUCAGAGUUACUAGGACAGUUAGACAAAGAAAAAUCUGGAGGAUAAAUUCUAAAAUUCACUGCUAUAAAUGGAUGUUUACAGAACCCUAAAAGCAAACUUUUUUAAAUCUACAGGCAGCUUACUGGAGCCAAAGAGUGUAGCAGCUGAAGCCCUAUGUCAAACAUUUUAUCCCCAAAACGAGGGAUUGCAAAACUAAAAAUAUAUAUAUAUACUUUUCUAUUUUACACUCAAAUUAAGGUUAAAAGAUAUUUUCAUUUCUGAUUGUUUCUGUUGAGAUGAGUUUCUUUGUGUGCCAUAAACGCUGCAUCUGGAAGCACUUCCAUAAGCCGACGUCCGCUCUCUCGUGCCAUAUGGGGUUGAAUAUGCAACUACAGACAACAAGGACCUACAACAUAUCAUGCAUUUCUUCAACCGCCAUCUUUCAUGAGCCUUUUCCCUGCUGUGAACCGUAGUCUCGCCGUGUCAUCAACCUCAUUCUAUUAAUCCUUGAGGAUGUUGUUUGGGUUUGGGAGGACUUCACAUUAUGAAACUGGGUUUAUAUAGUUAGACUGAAACAUGAGGGAGGAGUUUGUGGAAGUUUUGAAGUGGAUUUUAAAAAAGCAUGAUUUGAUUUAUUGUUGAUGGGUUCACUGGUUUUAAGGGGAUUUUGUUCACUUCAUUUAUAUUUUAUUGUAAUAAUUGUACAAGCCUAUGUCAUGAGAGACGAGGGAAAAAAUACGGUGACCCCUGAACUGUUGUGAACUAAAGGAAAUAUUAUUUAUUGAUUGAAUUUUCUUUGCACAAGUUGGAAUGGCCUUAAUUUAGCUUUACUUGCUUCUGUUGUGUAUUGGCACAAAGUGCACCUGUUUAAUUUGCAAAACUGAAAAAUGCUCCUUAUGAUGCUUAUAAUCUGAGUGUGCACAUCAAAGCAGGACGAUUAAAAAAAAGAAUCAGCAAAUCCUUUUUAUUUUUCAUUAAUCUGAGAAAUGAUAUUUUGCAUGAGCAUAAGUAAAAUGGCAGAUAUUUUGGCUUGUACAAAAAUGUGAAGCAAUUUGAAGAGAAAAAUAAGAAUGUACCGUUUCUGCUGUAUCUGUAUAUAUCUAAAUAUUUAUUGAAAUAUGUCAUACUACUAAUUCUAUAAACGAUUAAAGGUUUUCUCAAAAAAAAAUCUCAACCUGUUUUUGGACAUUGUCGAGGUUGUUGAAGUUGGAGCUUCUGUUUUCUGUUAUUCAACUCAAGGAUCUGUGUAACCAUUCAUGAAAAAGUAUUAAAAAUAGCAAAUAAACUAA